AUGGUUCUCUGGUCGCUGCAAGUUGCGAGCACUAACAAUCAGGGCACUAACACCCAGGGCACUAACAACCAGGGCACUAACAACCAGGGCACUAACAACCAGGGCACUAACACCCAGGGCACUAACACCCAGGGCACUAACAACCAGGCCACUAACAACCAGGCCACUAACACCCAGGCCACUAACAACCAGGCCACUAACAACCAGGCCACUAACAACCAGGCCACUAACAACCAGGCCACUAACAACCAGGCCACUAACACCCAGGGCACUAACAACCAGGCCACUAACAACCAGGCCACUAACAACCAGGCCACUAACAACCAGGGCACUAACACUCGGGGCACUAACAACCAGGGCACUAACACUCGGGGCACUAACACUCGGGGCACUAACAACCAGGGCACUAACACCCAGGCCACUAACAACCAGGGCACUAACACUCGGGGCACUAACAACCAGGGCACUAACACCCAGGUCACUAACAACCAGGCCACUAACACCCAGGGCACUAACAACCAGGGCACUAACACCCAGGGCACUAACACCCAGGACACUAACAACCAGGGCACUAACAACCAGGCCACUAACACCCAGGGCACUAACAACCAGGCCACUAACACCCAGGGCACUAACAACCAGGCCACUAACAACCAGGGCACUAACACUCGGGGCACUAACAACCAGGCCACUAACAACCAGGGCACUAACAACCAGGCCACUAACAACCAGGCCACUAACAAGCAGGGCACUAACACUCGGGGCACUAACAACCAGGCCACUAACACCCAGGGCACUAAAAACCAGGCCACUAACAACCAGGGCACUACCAACCAGGGCACUAACACCCAUGGCACUAACACCCAGGGCACUAACAACCAGGGCACUAACACCCAGGGCACUAACACUCAGGGCACUAACACCCAGGCCACUAACACCCAGGGCACUAACACCCAGGGCACUAACACCCAGGGCACUAACACCCAGGGCACUAACAUCCAGGCCACUAACAACCAGGGCACUAACACUCGGGGCACUAACAACCAGGGCACUAACAACCAGGGCACUAACAACCAGGGCACUAACACCCAUGGCACUAACACCCAGGGCACUAACAACCAGGCCACUAACACCCAGGGCACUAACAACCAGGGCACUAACACCCAGGGCACUAACAACCAGGGCACUAACAACCAGGGCACUAACAACCAGGCCACUAACACCCAGGGCACUAACAACCAGGCCACUAACACCCAGGGCACUAACAACCAGGGCACUAACAACCAGGGCACUAACACCCAGGACACUAACAACCAUGGCACUAACACCCAGGGCACUAACAACCAGGCCACUAACACCCAGGGUACUAACACCCAUGGCACUAACACCCAUGGCACUAACACCCAGGGCACUAACACCCAGGGCACUAACACCCAGGGCACUAACACCCAGGGCACUAACACCCAGGGCACUAACACCCAGGCCACUAACACCCAGGGCACUAACACCCAGGCCACUAACACCCAGGGCACUAACACCCAGGGCACUAACACCCAGGGCACUAACACCCAGGGCACUAACACCCAGGGCACUAACAACCAGGGCACUAACACCCAGGCCACUAACACCCAGGCCACUAACACCCAGGGCACUAACACCCAGGGCACUAACACCCAGGGCACUAACACCCAGGGCACUAACAACCAGGGCACUAACACCCAGGCCACUAACACCCAGGGCACUAACACCCAGGGCACUAACACCCUGGGUACUAACACCCAGGGCACUAACACCCAGGGCACUAACACCCAGGGCACUAACACCCAGGGCACUAACAACCAGGCCACUAACAACCAGGCCACUAACACCCAGGCCACUAACACCCAGGGCACUAACACCCAGGGCACUAACACCCAGGGUACUAACACCCAGGGCACUAACACCCAGGGCACUAACAACCAGGCCACUAACACCCAGGCCACUAACACCCAGGGCACUAACACCCAGGGCACUAACACCCAGGGUACUAACAACCAGGCCACUAACACCCAGGGUACUAACAACCAGGCCACUAACACCCAGGCCACUAACAACCAGGGCACUAACACCCAGGGCACUAACAACCAGGCCACUAACACCCAGGGCACUAACACCCAGGGCACUAACAACCAGGCCACUAACACCCAGGCCACUAACACCCAGGGCACUAACACCCAGGGCACUAACACCCAGGCCACUAACAACCAGGGCACUAACACCCAGGGCACUAACAACCAGGCCACUAACACCCAGGGCACUAACACCCAGGCCACUAACAACCAGGGCACUAACACCCAGGGCACUAACAACCAGGCCACUAACACCCAGGCCACUAACACCCAGGCCACUAACAACCAGGGCACUAACACCCAGGGCACUAACAACCAGGCCACUAACACCCAGGGCACUAACACCCAGGGCACUAACACCCAGGCCACUAACACCCAGGCCACUAACACCCAGGGCACUAACACCCAGGGCACUAACAACCAGGCCACUAACACCCAGGCCACUAACACCCAGGGCACUAACAACCAGGGCACUAACAUCCAGGGCACUAACACCCAGGGCACUAACACCCAGGGCACUAACACCCAGGGUACUAACACCCAGGCCACUAACAACCAGGCCACUAACAACCAGGCCACUAACAACCAGGCCACUAACAACCAGGCCACUAACAACCAGGGCACUAACAACCAGGCCACUAACAACCACCUUGGGGGGCAGGACAAACCCAGCAAGGGGGUUAUGUUGGCUGUUAAAAUGAAAUUUGUUGUGAUAUAA